AUGGCGCCAACCUCGCCGUCCUCCGCCUCCGCAGCGAUGCCCAAACUCCCCGCCUCGGCCGACUUCAACGCCCUCUACAACCGCAUUUCCCUCGCCUCCGCGAAACAAGCAACCUUCCUGACCUCAAUGCGCGCAAAGUACCCAUCCCUAGCAAGACCCGCUUCGGCGUCUACAUCAGCGACCAACCCAAACAACGCUGCGGCAGGUACCUUCUCGUCAAUGUCGAAACCAACCACCACAACAUUACCACAGCCAACAGCCUCAACCCGCCGCGCCCAAGCCGACGACGCAGAACUCCGCUUUGAGAACCCCAACGCGGGCCUAGGCUUCGCCACUUCAAAAUCAGACCAGGCUACCUCCGCAGCGACCCGGGACCUAAGCCGCCGCCUCCUCGGCAACAAACGAGGAGGCCGCGCCGCAGACGACCCAAAAGCCCUCGCCGCCGCGGCGCUGAAGAAACGCAGACUACAAGACGAUGAGAGUGAUGAGGAGGAAGGGAGAAGCAGCCUCGGCAAUCGGAAGAAGAAGACAAAGGUCCGCCAGGAGAUUUCUGAACCCGAGGUGUUGCUCGGGCCCCCAGACGCUCGGAACGAUGUCGAGAUGCGCGGGUGCGGGUCGCGUGACGCCGUGGACCACACCAAGAAUGACGAAGACGACAAGGAGGACGCCCCUAUUCCUAAUCCGUCCCGCGAGGUGAUAGCGCCGGUGGACCCCGCCGAGGAGGUUGAUAAUCGAACCGAGACAGGCGAAGCCUCGAAGGAGAAAAAAAAGAAGAAGAAGAAGAGGAACAAGGAGAACAAGAAGAAUAAGGCGGCAGCGGCGGCGGCGGAAAGUAACAUUGGAGCCGCCCACCAGAUACCAGUGGCAUAG